CGAGAAAAGUAUAAGCAAUUUUCGGCCACAAAUAAUCCCUGUAAAUGUGAUAUGAGCUCACUUAUGCAAAAAACAGAGAAUGAGUGUAAAAAUGGAAACGAGCAACCCACAUAUUCUGGUUAUACCAUAUCCAGCACAAGGCCAUGUCUUUCCUCUUAUGGAGCUAUCCCACAACCUGGCUAAACAUGGCUUCAAAAUCAGCUUUGUCAACACAGAUUUUAAUCACCAGAGGAUCAUAAACGCGUUUGGAAAGGAGGCUGACGAAAAUGGCCUUGUUCGUCUAGUUUCAAUCCCGGAUGGGUUGGAAGAUGGGGAGGACAGGAAUCAGAUAGGGAAGUUAACUGAAGCAUUAUGCCAGGUUAUGCCCAGAGAGCUGAAAGAGUUCAUUGUUAAGUUUAAUAGAACAGAGGAUGAUAAGAUCACAUGUGUUCUGGCUGAUUUAAACAUGGGUUGGACGCUUGAUGUUGCAGCAGAGUUGGGAAUCCGGGGCGCUGCCUUUUGGCCUUGUUCGGUCGUCCAAUUAGUGUUGUUUCUUAGCAUUCCGAAGCUUAUUGAUGAUGGACUUAUUGAUGAAAAUGGUUUUCCAAUUAAUAAACAUAAGAUGUUUCAGUUGUCCGCAACCAUGCCUGCUGUACACGUAACAAAUUUUGCAUGGCUCACCUUUGGUGACUCUAGCGCACAAAAACUUAUGUUUCAUUAUAUUAAGGGAUACAACAAAGUCGUUGACACAGCAGAUUGGGUACUUUGCAACUCAAGUUUGGACUUGGAGCCCGAAGGGUUCACCUUGGUUCCAAAGGUCUUACCCAUAGGCCCACUUUCAGCAAGCAAUCGGCUUGGAAAGUUGUCAGGAAAUUUCUGGCCAGACGACACAUCUUGUUUGAAAUGGCUUGAUCAACAGCCACCAGGCUCAGUCAUAUAUGUCGCAUUUGGCAGCUUCACAGUUUUUGAUAAAUUCCAAUUCCAAGAAUUGGCUCUGGGGUUGGAACUCUCCAAGAGACCAUUCCUUUGGGUUGUAAGACCAGAUAUUACCAAGGGAGAACAUGAUUUUUACCCGGAAGGAUUUCAGGAAAGAGUAGCCGGUCAAGGUAAGAUGGUUCGUUGGGCUCCACAAGGUGCAGUUCUGGCUCAUCCUUCGAUUGCUUGCUUCAUAAGUCAUUGUGGAUGGAAUUCUACUAUUGAAGGUGUAAGCAAUGGGGUCCCUUUCUUGUGCUGGCCUUACUUUGCUGACCAGUUCCUUAAUGAGAGCUACAUUUCUGAUAUUUGGAAGGUUGGAUUGAAAUUCAACAAAGAUGAAAGAGGGAUCAUCACAAGAGAAGAGAUUAAAACCAAGGUACAACAAUUGCUUGGUGAUGAAAAAUACGAAGUAAGGGCUGUUGAACUGAAGGAAAUGGUUACCAGAUGUGCCAAUGAAGGUGGUAGCUCUGACAAGAUAUUCAAGAAUUUUACUGAAUGGAUGAAACCAUAGACAAGUUCUUUGCAUUUGAUUUAUGUCAAUCUUUUUUCUUUUCGUUUUGAAUUAUGAAAUUCAGAAAACAAACCAAGCAACGACUGUGGUUGCGUUGCCUAUGCAAACAACAACAAUAUUGAAUAAACUUGCUUUGUUUUUGUUCAUCACCAAAGUAUAAUCUCCUCUAGAAUUUUGUA